GCCAAAAAAAAUAGUUUAAAAAAUCGUAAGAAGCAACACCAAGCUGAUUUAGAAAGAGAAAAAAAACAAACAGAAAAAAUUGAAGCUAAAGCCCAAAGAAAAAUCCAAAAGAGAAAACACGAAGAAGAAAAGAAAAAAGUUAUUGCUUAUGAUGAAAUUGAAGAUGAAGGUUUAAAGAGAGGUAGAAAGAAGAUUAGAAGAGAAGUUAUGGAAGAAGAUGAUUAA